AUGCCAGAUUUCCCUAUGGAUUCCAAUAAUGGCAACUGUAGAGGUGCCGGCAUUGAGCGCUGCAAAUGCAAGCCCAUAAAAGCGACCCAGAAGACCUACCUACGCAACAACUAUAACUAUGUCAUUCGGGCUAAAGUGAAGGAGGUGAAGACUAAAUGUCACGAUGUCACUGCAGUAGUGGAAGUAAAGGAGAUCCUAAAAUCCUCCCUGGUGAACAUCCCAAAGGACACUGUAAACCUUCACACGAACUCUGGCUGCCUGUGCCCACCACUCAAUGCCAAUGAAGAGUACAUCAUUAUGGGCUAUGAAGAUGAGGAGCGCUCCAGGUUACUCUUGGUGGAAGGCUCCAUAGCUGAGAAAUGGAAGGAUCGUCUUGGUAAAAAAGUAAAGCGCUGGGAUCAGAAACUCCGCCACCUCGGGAAGGGAAAGGGAGAGCCUGGACACAGCGACUCGGCUCCAAAGCCCGGCAAACCCAGCAGUGCCCGACAAGCACGUAGUUAGAUGUGGGAUGUUGUACCUUGACAUGCAGUGGACUAUCUACCAAGACUUCGUUGUUGGAGCAGCAAAGGAGAAAUUGCACUAUUGCACGUUAUAUUCUAUUGUUUACUACGAAAUAAUGUUUUAGCUUAUAUUAGUUUUUAUUCUGUCUCUUGUUUUCUGCAUUUGAUUUUUUUUUUUUUUGAUUUGUGCAAGCUCUGGAAAUAUAUAUUUUUUUUCUCUGUUACUAAGAACUGUAGAAAACUGCCCUUAUGAGAUGGGAAAGACAAGGACAUGUUCAGUUUACCAUUUUAUCUCUGAAUCUUCUAAAG